ACAUCACAUCCACCCGACCCACACAGCAAAGCAACAGAUUGCAGAUGAUGCUGGACACCUCAGAGGACGCGCACACUUUUUUACGCUUUUACGCACAAGCACUCAGCGCUGCAGGCUGAACGCUUUUUUGCGCGUUUAUGCACCAAAUUAAAGGAUAUCAGCGCGCGUGGUCUGGAGGGUUUGCUUGUGGGGAAAGUCGGAGGAUUGGGCAUUGUGUUUGGAUUUUCACUUUUUUUUGUGAAUGGAGGUGAGUCGUGCGUAAAAAACAAACAAAAAAACAAACCCUCGCAUUGAAGAGAAGAAGCUGUCUCUCUCCCACCUGUUGGCAGGUGGGGUUGGCGGACAUUUACCCGCGGACAUCUACUAUGACAUUGGACAUCAUGGAGGAUAUUGUUAUCGACGUAGUAGGGGAAGGAGUCAAAGACAGCGGAGAGGAGCAGCUCUUACCUGGGGAUGAGUCGCGGAGCAGUAGCAGCCUGCAGAGCAAAGAGCGGGACAGCUCCAGCCCUGACCCCGAGUCUCCUUCCCUUUCUCCUGGUAAAAGCAAAGGUCCCGCGGCGGUGAAGCCUCCGUACUCCUACAUCGCUCUGAUAACGAUGGCCAUCCUGCAGAGCCCAAAGAAACGACUCACCCUCAGCGAGAUAUGUGACUUUAUCAGCCAGCGCUUCAUGUACUACCGGGAGAAAUUCCCCGCCUGGCAGAACUCUAUCAGACACAACCUGUCUCUCAAUGACUGCUUUAUAAAGAUGCCCAGGGAGCCGGGGAACCCUGGGAAGGGCAACUACUGGACCCUGGACCCUAACUCCUCGGACAUGUUUGAGAACGGGAGCUUUCUGCGGCGGAGGAAGCGCUUCAAGCGGCAGCAUUUCCGCUUCGAUCCGCUCAAGGAGCAGCACCUGGAGCCGAGCGGACUGCGCGGCUUUGCGCACGGCUCCUACGGGUUCGGAGCGGCGGCUCUGCAGCUGCCAGGGCUGGAGAUUUACCCCUACAUCCAUCACCACGCGCACUCGCCGUGCGGCCCCGGUGGCGUCCCACCUGUCAGCAGCAUCCUGCCGGGUCUCUCCAGCUUCUUCUCCCGCAGCAGUGCGCUCACAGCCAAGGCUUUCCUCCAGGUGCAGCCCGGCAUCGAACCCUUCUCCCCGGCCCAGUACGCCUCUCCGCUGACCUCCAGCGCCGCUUACGCUCCCCCUGCGCUCUUCCACCCCGCUGCGUCUCCGCACUUUCUCACUUUACAUCCGGAGUUUCAGAAACUACAGCGUGGCACGGUGGACCUGGUCAAAACACACCGCUAACAUCGAAUAACACACAAACACACACACACACACAUCGGACUUUCAACUCGCGUUUUCUCAGGUAACAGAGACAUUUUACGCAGACUUUCUCCACCGUUAAGGGGGAUGAAUCUGCUUUCGAAGAAUGUUGUACAUAUGUAUAAAAAAACUCUCCCUCCUUCUCACUUUUAUGGCAAAA